AUGGCACCAUCAGCAACCGGUGGCAAGAAGCAAAAGAAGAAGUGGUCCAAGGGCAAGGUCAAGGACAAGGCCCAGCACGCUGUCGUCCUCGACAAGACCACUUCCGAGAAGCUCUACAAGGAUGUUCAAUCCUACCGCCUCAUCACCGUCGCUACCCUUGUCGACCGCCUGAAGAUCAACGGCAGCUUGGCCCGCAAGGCCCUCGCUGAUCUCGAAGAGAAGGGUCAGAUCAAGAAGGUUGUCGGACACAGCAGCUUGAACAUCUACACCCGCGCCGUUACCGCCGAGUAA